CCCCCCCCGUUCCCAGCAUCCGGGGCCGCCGCGCAGGCUCAGCCCCGGUUCUGCGCCUCGCUCCGGGCUCCGGGCAGCGGCUUCAGCACCAGGGACAGCGCCCGCCGGUCCGCGCCAUGGCCAGCGAGGCCCAUGACCUGCAGGAGCUGCGGCGAAGCGCCUCGCUGGCCACCAAGGUCUUUGUGCAGCGGGAUUACAGCGACGGGACCCUCUGCCAGUUCCAGAACAAGUUCCCCCUGGAGCUGGACAGCCGGCUCGAGCGGCAGCUCUUUGAGGAGACAGUGAAGACCCUCAAUGGCUUCUACGCCGAGGCCGAGAAGAUCGGGGGCAGCUCCUAUCUGGAGGGGUGCCUGGCGUGUGCCACAGCCUACUUCAUCUUCCUCUGCAUGGAGACCCACUACGAGAAGGUGCUGAAGAAGAUCUCCAAGUACAUCCAGGAGCAGAACGAGCAGGUGUAUGCGCCACGGGGCCUGCUGCUCACCGACCCCGUGGAGCGGGGCAUGCGGGUCAUCGAGAUCUCCAUCUAUGAGGACAGAUGCAGCAGCGGCAGCACCAGCAGCGCCAGCACCAGCAGCGGGGGCGGGGGGGGCCGGUGACUGGCAGGGAGUCCCUGCAGGGACGAAGGCCUCGCCGAGCUCCGCCGGCUGCGGUACCAGAGCACCCGCUUCUGAGCACCCCCGGGAGGGAGGGGCUGCGGGGACCCCAGCGGAGACCUGCUGCCGGAGCGGGGCGAGGGCGCCUUGGGCUGAGCCCCAUGGGGCCCCUUGGUAGCCAGCCCAGCCCAGAGCCAAUGGGCCUGUCCCAGGACUUGCCCCCAGCCCAUGCCCUGGGCAGUGCCCCCUGGGGCAUCCCCCUCCCAUAAAGCCAAGAGCUGAAGGAGCUGCAGAGGGGGCAGCGGGGGGAUCCUGCCCCGGGGGGGCUGCCGGCCGCUGCUCCUGCUGCAGGGAGUGUAGCCCCGGCACACGGCGUCUGCACGGCCCUGCUGUGGCUGGCCAAGCCCCAGGCACCGCCCUGUACGGGGCGCUGUGCCUCCCACCCCAGGCCAUGUCCUCCCCCCUCCGCAAUCCCCUCCCAGCUAACGACUCCCACUCCAUUCCCAGCUGCUUUGGGCCAGAGACCCGGCUUGGUGGGGCCCUGGGGCACCAUCCGCCUCGGCUGUCCAGGCACCCGCCCCGCGUGAAUGAGCCCAUUGGGGACACUGGUGGACGUGCGGGGGAGAGGGAGGGGCUGGGCGGUGACGGCACAUCCCAGGGGGUCACCAUCCCUCGCCAAACUCCUCCUCAGCCGAAGGGAUUGGAGCCCACACCCCGGGGGCUGCAUGGCCCAGCCCCGCCCUGCCUGCUCCCCGUCCCUUUCCCUGCAUGAGCCCGUCGCUUCCCGCAGCAUGAACCGCCCCACCCCAGAGCUCAUGGCUCCAGGGCUGGGGCCGUGGCCUGGGGGCUUUGUGCCCCCAUCAAAGGUUAAAGUGCUGACCCUACCCACGGGGGAGGAGCGACCCAUCACCCCCAUCAGGGGCGCCCCCCCAAGGCAGUUUUCCUGGAAGGUGCCCCCCCGCGUCCUGCCUGGGCUGGGGGGUGCCCUGAGCCGGGCCAGCUCCAGGGGGGGCAGGGAUGGGGCUAGAGAGGAGAGCCAGGCCCGGCCCUAUGGGGCGGGGGCACUGCAGGGAAUGGGGCAGAGGGUGACAGGUGAGGUUCCCUGGCCGGGAUGAUGCCGGAGGCCAAAGUGAAUGGCCCAUGGACCUGCCCUACGCAGCAGGGGCGCUGCAGAGCCUGGGGCAGAGGGGCGAUGGGGCAGGGCUGAGCAGGUAUCGCUCUCAGAGGGCUCUGGGACAGCAGGCUGGGGGCACAGAGCACUGGGAACGGCCCCUGCCCCCCCCCCCCCCCCGGACACACAAUAAACCUUGUGCUGCCA